UGUCAAACAGGAUUAUUAUUAAAAUUCGCUUUUAUUGCUUGUGUAAAGUUUAUUUUAUAUUAAUCAAAAUGCCUGCUGGAACUUCAACCGCCGCCGAUCCUAUACGAGAAAAAGCCUUUCAGGACUAUAGAAAGAAAUUAAUGGAGCACAAAGAAGUGGAAUCGCGAUUGAAAGACAUGCGUGAGCAGUUAAAAGAUUUAACAAAGCAGUAUGACAAGAGUGAAAAUGACUUGAAAGCACUGCAAAGUGUGGGUCAAAUUGUUGGUGAAGUACUCAAACAGCUUACUGAAGAGAAAUUUAUUGUGAAAGCUACAAAUGGUCCACGAUAUGUAGUUGGGUGCCGUCGGCAACUGGAUAAGAACAAGCUGAAAGGUGGCACCAGAGUUGCAUUAGAUAUGACCACCCUCACCAUCAUGCGACAUCUUCCCAGAGAGGUUGAUCCCCUUGUAUACAACAUGAGCCAUGAGGAUCCUGGAGAUGUUACAUAUGCUGCCAUUGGAGGUCUGCAGGAGCAGAUUCGACAACUUCGUGAAGUGAUAGAAUUACCGCUGUUAAAUCCAGAACUCUUUGUGCGUGUUGGCAUUACACCUCCCAAGGGCUGCCUUCUGUAUGGUCCACCCGGUACAGGCAAGACUUUACUAGCCAGAGCUGUCGCUUCACAACUGGAUGCUAACUUUUUGAAGGUUGUAUCUUCAGCGAUUGUUGACAAGUAUAUUGGUGAAUCUGCUCGCCUCAUUCGUGAGAUGUUCAACUAUGCUCGGGACCACCAGCCCUGCAUUAUAUUUAUGGACGAAAUUGAUGCUAUCGGUGGCAGGCGUUUUUCUGAAGGCACUAGCGCUGACAGAGAGAUCCAACGUACAUUGAUGGAGUUACUCAACCAAAUGGAUGGAUUUGAUUCCCUCGGGCAGGUGAAGAUAAUAAUGGCCACCAACCGACCUGACACCCUUGACCCUGCGCUGCUCAGACCUGGCCGUUUGGACAGAAAAAUUGAGAUUCCAUUACCCAAUGAACAAGCCAGGUUAGAAAUUCUGAAGAUUCAUGCAGCCCCCAUAGCAAAACAUGGUGAGAUGGACUAUGAGGCAGUGGUCAAAUUGUCUGACACAUUCAACGGAGCUGAUCUUAGAAAUGUGUGUACUGAAGCUGGCUUGUUUGCUAUCCGAGCUGAGAGAGAAUACAUAAUACAGGAAGAUUUGAUGAAAGCUGUACGAAAAGUAGCUGACAAUAAGAAAUUGGAGAGUAAAUUAGAUUAUAAACCCGUUUAAUUUUUUGUACGAAAUAAGAAAUAUAAAUUUUAUGAGAUCAACCAUUCAUGUGAUUUAUUAACAUCAUAAGAAUGGUGUUAAUAAAAAAAUAUAACAAAUUUGUAUGCAGUGAGUGAAAGAAUAGUCUUGUAUUAAGAACUAUUAAUAAUAAAAAUAUGUAUUACAAUGUA